AUGAGUGACUCGGAGCAGAAGACGGAACGUGAUACUAUGGACGAAGUCCCGUCUGUCAACGAGGCGCACCAACCCACAUCCGCCACCACGCAGGAACCACAAUCGCGUACCAAUGAGUUGAAGGACGGAGGCUAUGGCUGUUACGUUCCUGAUGAAAAAGAAAUCAAUGUUGACUUUGGCGGCUUGUCCAGGGUGGUCGUGACUGCAGCUGCACUGCUCAACUUUCACACCUGGGGACUGAAUUCGUCCUAUGCCGUCUUCUUGGCCUAUUAUCUCAGGAAUCAGACUAUUGAGGGGGCGAGCUCCCUGGGCUUUGCCUUUGUAGGAGGACUGUCCAUCGGUAUUGCACUGCUGGUUUCACCCAUUGCUACAGCCCUGGUAGGACUGAAAGGUUUCGGCACGAGAAAGACCAUAUGGCUGGGCACGGUAUUCGAGACUGCCUCUUUCAUUGGAGCAUCGUUUACAAGCGAGCUAUGGCAUCUCAUCCUCAGUCAGGGUAUCUGCUUCGGCGUAGGCAUGGGCCUCAUUUUUGUGGCAUCGGUACCGGUGCCAUCGCAGUGGUUCACCAAGAAACGGUCCCUCGCCAAUGCCUGCGCCGCCGCCGGUUCGGGCUUUGGCGGGUUGACCUACUCGCUCGGAACCAAUGCCAUGAUCUCCUCCAUUGGCCUUGAUUGGACCUUUCGGGUCCUGGCCAUCAUCUGCUUCGUCGUCAACUGCAUCUGUGGGUUCCUCAUCCGAGACAGGAACAAGGCUGUUGGGUCAGUCCAUAUUGCCCUUAACUGGAAGCUAUUCAAGAGGCCCUCGUAUUUGUUCUACUUGGCUUGGAUGUCCUUGUCCCUCAUCCCAUAUACGGCGCUCAUCUUUAGCAUUGUGGAUUACUCCCAGUACGUCGGGCUCUCGGCUUCGCAUGCCUCACUCGUUGGAGCGCUACUCAACUUAUCUCAAGGCCUAGGUCGACCCAUAAUUGGCGUGUCUAGUGACGCUGUCGGCCGCCUCAACGUAGCUGGGCUCUGUACGGCCUUUGUUGGCGUGCUGUGCCUGGUGCUCUGGGUCUUUUCCUUUACCCUCGCGACCUGCAUUGUCUUUGCCCUGCUGGCGGGAAGUUGUGCUGGCGUCAUCUGGGCGACGGCGGCUCCCGUCCUCGCCGAGGUCGUUGGCUUACAGCUGCUGCCCUCGGCGCUGUCACUGACCUGGGUCGUGCUUGUGCUUCCCGCCACCUUUGCCGAGGUCAUUGUGCUCGAGAUCCGCCAGCGCUCGUACCGCGGCGCCCAGCUCUUUAUCGGCUUCAUGUACUUGUUAGCCUUUGUCUUUAUCUGGCUCCUGCGCGCCUGGAAGGUCCGUGAGCUCGACCUUGCUCGCCUUGAGAGCAAGGAGCAGCGCGAGCACGCCAUUCACGAUGACGACUAUGCCGUCGCUCACGAAAUCCGUCAUGAGAACAGCCGCGCUGAGCGCGCUUCCAUUGCGUCCAAGGCCAAGGAGGGCCUGUCGAUUGCAAAGGGGCUCUUUGCUUGGCGCAAAGUAUAA